AUGAUUCUUGAGCGAUUGCGUGGCAGUGAUUUCAUGGAGGGGCCCGCUAUAUCGCCUGCUUCACAACAGCACGAUGGGGGUGAAGGCUCCUCUACGGUGUAUCAGAGUAUAGGCGACACCACGCUCUUUAGCUUCAGCUUGGAUAUUUUACCAAAUGAAACUACGACGUCCCUCGUAAUCAAAUCCUUCUUUGAAUUUGUCAACCCAGUCUUCUAUAUCACAACACCAGAGAGGUGUGCAGAUCUCAUGAACAACAUCUAUCACAACGAUAAUGAGCCUACGAUCGCUGAUAUAUGCGAGUUGUAUGCUAUUGCGGCUGCCGGGUGUCAAUAUGAGGAUACAGUCACAGAGACGGUGUCGUCAUCAUUUGAGUUUAUCUCCUCCCAAAACACUACUCGGAAAAUCAGGUCCUCGGGAUCUACAAGGAAUGAAAUGCUGCCUUGGGUUAUCACAAUACUGGGAAAUCAGGGAUAUUAG